AUGGCUUCUCAGCGAGGUACAAAUGCUCUAGGUUCACUUGUCUCGGGGUAUUCGCAAACCGAAAGCAAACCGAAAAAUGACAGGCCAAGCACAGGAAGCACCCUUUCCUACAGCUCAGCACUUGCUGGUAAUGUUGGGAGCAAACUCAAGAUUCACGAUACCGGAUCAACACAAGCAGGAAAUAGUGGAGUUGGAAGCACAUCGAGAUCUUCAGUAUAUAAUGCCAGUACACUUCGCGAUCCAGUGGCAACGCGUCAAUCAACAAACUAUCCACCAAGUGGACAACCAAGUUCAAGGGGCCUGAAUGCUCACCUGCCAGGGCAUGCUGCUACAUUCUGUGGAGCUCGAAGUGCACAUAGCCGAGCAGCGUCAAGUACAUACUCAACAAAACCAGCUUCCACAGAUAAUGGGAAGGUUCUACCUUCGUAUGUUUACACGGAGGGGAAGGUGUUUAGUGCCGUGUUCCACGAACAAGAUUUUAAUCAAUCGGGCCAAAUACAGAACAAUUUCCAAACAAUAACACCACUCGGUACCAUUUAUUCGAAACUUCGAAAGUAUGUUGUAGUAGCAACAUUUGAUGAUCAUUGUAUUUGCGUACCCAUCGGGACUUCCGACGGCAAAGGUCUCCAGAACAAGACACUGAAGGAUCAGUUCAUCUCGAUCAGAGAACAUGCUUACAAAGAAACAGCAGCUCCAGCCGAAACAGAAUUCGGGGUCUUGUGGGCGGAGGCGUCUCAAGAGAUGCGAAAUGUUGGCAAGUGGGGAAGAAUGACUGACCAAACGCAUGUGAACUUCACAUCCCCAGUCACUCACUUCUUCAAUCGACGAGCAACCAUCUGCGGCUCUUUGAGACCCGAAUCCAUAACUCGACUUCGAAAGCUUUGGCUAGGUGCAGCAGCUGUUCUUUCUGAUUUGGACGAUGACCCUGAAACACCCAAGGCGGAAAAUCACAACUCAAAGAGAGCGAGAGGGGAUUCUCCAUCAGCAUACUCCUCAAGAUCAUCAGUCUAUUCCACUUCCUCGUCAACUAGACCAAGAGUCCCUUCCAGGCUCCGUGAAGAUUCAACAACAAGCUCCAGGUAUGAGGGAUCCAGAUAUGAGGGUUCUAGAAAUGAAGGAUCUAGAUAUGAGGGAUCCAGGUAUGAUGAAUCCAGACGUGAGGGAUCCAGACAUGAGGGAUCUAGAUAUGAGGGAUCCAGACAUGAGAAGUCCAGCGAGUGGGAUUUCCAGCAGAAGCUCGAGCGUAGCGUAUCAUUUGAGGACAGGACUUUUUUUCUUUGA